AUGCCGAGCACCAGCCUUGCUAACGCGAAGCAAGGAGAAAAUGAGAGUCUAAAGAGCUACAUUCAUAGCUUCAAUAUGGAGGGGGCUAACGUAGGGAGUUUGACCCGUAGAGAGCUAAAAAUUGCCAUCACAGCCGGAGUACGCUCGGGAAGCAAGUUAAGGGAUUACAUGCUCAAAAGGGAGGUCACAGAUUUGGAUGACUUCUAUGAGCGGGCGCAUAAAUGUAUUCAUGUGGAGGAUGGUCAUGAAAGCCUCAAGGCUGGAAAAGGAAAAUAUCCACCAAAACUCUCAUUCCGAGAAAGCCGAAGUGGUCCAAAGAAGAAGAGGGUAUAUGAAGGAAUGAGAGAUGAUUGA